UGGGGAAAGCCAGCACCGGCACCACCACCUUCGCCUCUGUGCCCUGCGACCAAGUAAGUACCAGGCUGUGAGCCCCCGAACCCCAAUGCACCGCUGCUGCCUUCGCCCCUCGCGUGAAUCCCCCAUAGACAGCGGAAGGGUGUGGGGUUCAUCCUUGCAAGAGAUGUGCCAUCCCACACGGGUCCAACAGGCACCCAGACCCCUCAGCAGGCAGGGCAAGGGGCUUGGAAGCAGCCCCACACAAUGGGCAUAUCACACGCAGAGAGAGGGCGUUGCGGCUGGAGGAGUCUUGAGGUCCCCAGAGACCCUGCAGCUGUAAGGGAAAGGGAUGGGAGGUGUCCCCUGACCAGCCUGGAAGGGACUGGUGACACGGGAUGGGAUGACACCUGGGUGACACUGGGGCUCUGCCCACAGCUGAGCUCCCCGCAUGACCAGCGAAGCCAUGGACACUCUGGGGCAAUACAAGAUCACGGUGUGGGAGGAGGAGAGCUUCCAGGGCAAGCGCUGCGAGUUCCUCAUGGAGUGCCCCAGCAUCAUGGAGCGCGGCUUCCGCAAGAUCCGCUCCAUCAAGGUGGAGUCCGGCCCCUGGGUGGGUUUUGAGUACCCCGAAUACCAGGGGCAGCAGUUCAUCCUGGAGAAGGGUGACUAUCCACGGUGGGAGGCCUGGAGUGGGAACAGUGGAUACCGCACCGAGCACCUCCUCUCCUUCCGACCCGUCAAGUGUGCGAACCACAAUGACAGCAAGGUCAUCCUGUACGAAGCAGAGAACUUCCAGGGGCACAAGUUCGAGCUGAGUGACGACUACCCCUCGCUGCAGGCCAUGGGCUGGGGCAACAAGGAGGUGGCAUCCAUCAAAGUGAAUGCUGGAGCGUGGGUGGCAUACCAGUACCCAGGAUACCGGGGCUACCAGUACGUGCUGGAGCGGGACAGACAGAACGGCGAGUUCAAGAAGUACAGCGAAUACAGCAGCCAGGCCCACACCAACCAGAUCCAAUCCAUCCGCCGCAUCCAGCACUGAGUGGGGGCAAAGUGUGUGCCCUCGCAGCCUGCGGGCUGCCGUGCCAUAGACCUGUACCUGGUAGCAA